CGCUCUAGGCUGGAGGGCUUCUCUAUGGUCCGACGGACCCUGUGUUGUCAUCCUGCAAGCGACGGCAGGAAGCAGCGGGGUAGGCCCCGGCGGGGCGUUUGGUUUCGGAUCAGUACUGGCUGGAAUUAGUGUCGACGGUCGACAUGGGAGUCCCCAAGUUUUACCGGUGGAUCUCGGAGCGGUAUCCCUGCCUCAGCGAAGUGGUGAAGGAGCAUCAGAUUCCAGAGUUUGACAACUUGUACCUGGACAUGAAUGGAAUUAUACAUCAGUGCUCCCAUCCUAAUGAUGAUGAUGUUCACUUCAGAAUUUCAGAUGAUAAAAUAUUUACUGACAUUUUUCAUUACUUGGAGGUGUUGUUUCGCAUUAUUAAACCUAGGAAAAUUUUCUUUAUGGCUGUUGAUGGUGUGGCUCCUCGAGCAAAAAUGAACCAGCAGCGUGGGAGGCGCUUUAGGUCAGCCAAGGAGGCAGAAGACAAAAUAAAAAAAGCAAUAGAAAAGGGAGAAACUCUUCCCACAGAAGCCAGAUUUGAUUCCAACUGUAUUACACCAGGGACUGAAUUCAUGGCCAGGUUACAUGAACAUCUGAAGUAUUUUGUAAAUAUGAAAAUUUCCACAGACAAGUCAUGGCAAGGAGUUACCAUCUACUUCUCAGGCCAUGAGACUCCUGGAGAAGGAGAGCAUAAAAUUAUGGAAUUUAUCAGAUCCGAGAAAGCAAAGCCAGAUCAUGAUCCAAACACCAGACAUUGUCUUUAUGGCUUAGAUGCUGACUUGAUCAUGCUUGGAUUAACAAGUCACGAAGCACAUUUCUCUCUAUUAAGAGAAGAAGUUCGAUUUGGUGGAAAAAAAACACAAAGGGUAUGCGCACCAGAAGAAACAACAUUUCACCUUCUACACUUGUCUUUAAUGAGAGAGUAUAUUGAUUAUGAAUUUUCAGUGUUAAAAGAAAAGAUCACAUUUAAAUAUGAUAUUGAAAAAAUUAUAGAUGAUUGGAUUUUGAUGGGAUUUCUUGUUGGCAAUGAUUUUAUCCCUCAUCUACCUCAUUUACAUAUUAAUCAUGAUGCACUGCCUCUUCUUUAUGGAACAUACAUUACCAUCCUGCCAGAACUUGGAGGUUAUAUUAAUGAAAGUGGACAUCUCAACUUACCUAGAUUUGAGAAAUAUCUUGUGAAAUUAUCAGAUUUUGAUCGAGAGCACUUCAGUGAAGUUUUUGUGGACCUAAAGUGGUUUGAAAGCAAAGUUGGUAACAAGUAUCUCAAUGAAGCAGCAGGUGUUGCAGCAGAAGAAGCCAAGAACUACAAGGAAAAGAAAAAAUCAAAGGGCCAGGAAAAUUCUGUAUGUUGGGCUGCUUUAGACAAAAGGGAAGGCCAAGUAGCAUCCAAGGAUAAUUUAGAAGAUGAGACUGAAGAUGAUGAUCUGUUUGAAACUGAAUUUAGACAAUAUAAAAGAACAUAUUACAUGACGAAGAUGGGGGUUGAUGUUGUAUCUGAUGACUUUCUGGCUGAUCAGGCUGCAUGCUAUGUUCAGGCAAUACAGUGGAUCUUGCAUUAUUACUAUCAUGGAGUCCAGUCCUGGAGCUGGUAUUAUCCCUACCAUUAUGCGCCUUUCCUAUCUGACAUCCGCAACAUCAGUAUGCUGCAAGUCCAUUUUGAGCUAGGAAAACCUUUCAAGCCAUUCGAGCAGCUUCUUGCUGUGCUUCCCUCAGCUAGCAAACACUUGCUUCCUGCAUGCUACCAGCAUUUGAUGACCAGUGAAGACUCACCAAUCAUUGAAUAUUAUCCACCUGAUUUUAAAACUGAUCUAAAUGGAAAACAACAGGAGUGGGAAGCUGUGGUACUAAUACCUUUUAUUGACGAGAAGCGGUUGUUGGAAGCCAUGGAGACAUGUAACCAUUCCCUCAAAAAAGAAGAAAGGAAAAGAAACCAACAUAGUGAGUGUCUAAUGUGCUGGUAUGAUAGAGACACAGAGUUCACCUACUCCUCUCCUUGGCCAGAAAAGUUCCCUGCCAUAGAACGAUGUCAUGCAAGGUAUGAAAUAAUAUCAUUAGAUGCUUGGCGCGUAGACAUAAACAAGAACAAAAUAACCAGGGUUGACCAGAAGGCAUUAUAUUUCUGUGGAUUCCCUACUUUGAAACACAUCAAACAUAAAUUUUUUUUGAAGAAAAGUGGUGUUCAAGUAUUCCAGCAAAGCAGUCGUGGAGAAAACAUGAUGUUGGAAAUCUCAGUGAUUGCAGAAUCAGAUGAACUUGUUUUACUUGGAAGAACCUCCAGGAACACAGAAGGUUUAUUUGGGAAAAACUGCUCCACCAUCUAAAGUUGUACAACUUGGAGAUAAAGAACAAUCUAACUGGACUAAAGAAAUACAAGGAAUUUCAGAGCAAUACCUAAGAAGAAAAGGAAUAAUAAUAAAUGAAACAUCUGCAGUUGUGUAUGCUGAAUUACUCACAGGUCGUAAAUAUCAAAUAAAUCAAAAUGGUGAAGUUCAUCUAGAAAAACAGUGGUCAAAACAAGUUCUUCCUUUUGUUUAUCAAACUAUUGUUAAGGACAUCCGAACUUUUGACUCUCGUUUCUCCAAUAUCAAAACACUGGAUGAUCUGUUUCCUUCUAGAAGUAUGGUCUUUAUGCUGGGAACUCCUUAUUAUGGCUGCACUGGAGAAGUUCAGGAUUCAGGUGAUGUGAUUACAGAGGGUAGGAUUCGUGUGAUUUUCAGCAUUCCGUGUGAACCAAAUCUUGAUGCUUUAAUACAGAACCAGCAUAAAUAUUCUAUAAAGUACAACCCGGGAUAUGUGUUGGCCAGUCGCCUUGGAGUGAGUGGAUACCUUGUUUCAAGGUUUACAGGAAGUAUUUUUAUUGGAAGAGGAUCUAGGAGAAACCCUCAUGGAGACCAUAAAGCCAAUGUGGGUUUGAAUCUCAAAUUCAACAAGAAAAAUGAAGAAGUCCCUGGAUAUACAAAGAAAGUUGGAAAUGAAUGGAUGUAUUCAUCUGCAGCAGAGCAGCUUCUUGCAGAGUACUUAGAGAGAGUUCCAGAACUGUUUAGCUAUGUAGCCAAGAAUAGCCAAGAGGAUGUGUUCUAUGAAGAUGACAUUUGGCCUGGAGAAAAUGAGAAUGGUGCUGAGAAAGUUCAAGAAAUUAUUACUUGGCUGAAAGGACAUCCUGUCAGCACUCUGUCUCGUUCUUCUUGUGAUUUACAAAUCCUGGAUACAGCUAUUGUUGAGAAAAUUGAGGAAGAAGUUGAAAAGUGCAAGCAAAGAAAGAAUAAUAAGAAAGUUCGAGUGACUGUGAAGCCCCAUUUGCUGUACAGACCUUUAGAACAGCAGCAUGGAGUCAUUCCUGACCGGGAUGCAGAAUUUCGUCUCUUUGAUCGUGUUGUAAAUGUGAGAGAGAAUUUUUCAGUUCCAGUUGGCCUUCGGGGAACCAUCAUUGGGAUUAAAGGGGCUAAUCGAGAAGCUGAUGUACUAUUUGAAGUAUUAUUUGAUGAAGAAUUUCCUGGAGGCUUAACAAUAAGGUGCUCACCUGGUAGAGGUUACCGAUUGCCAACAAGUGCCUUAGUGAACCUUUCUCAUGGGAGUCGCUCUGAAACCAGCAAUCAGAAGUUAACAGCCAUUGUGAAACCACAGCCAGCUGUGAAUUACUAUAGUGCAAGUUCAUCAGUUUCAUCUGGGCAUUUGGGAGCCCUCAACCAUUCUCCCCAAUCACUUUUUGUUCCUACUCAAGUACCUACAAAAGGUGAUGAUGAAUUUUGCAAUAUUUGGCAGUCUUUACAGGAAUCUGGAAAAACUCAGCACUUUCAGCCAACUGUGCAAGAAAAGGGUACAGUUCCACCUCAAGAAAUAAGUCAAGUAACUCAACAACAUAAAUCCAGCUUUAAUGACAACAGUGUUAAAUACCAGCAAAGAAAACAUGACCCUCACAGAAAAUUUAAGGAAGAAUGUAAGAGUCCUAAAGCUGAGUGUCAGUCACAAAAGUCAUCCAAUAAGCAGACUUGUAGAGGGGCUACUAGGUGUAAUAUUAAACUGUUGAAGAGAAGUGAAAGCCCAGGAACCUUAGAAGCCCAGAAGGUUGUGACUGGUCACCCAAAUGCUGUUGAUAAGCCUAACUCUGGAAUUGAGAAUUUUUUAGCAUCUCUGAAUAUCACUAAGGAAAGUGAAAUACCGUCAGCUCACCAUGGAGAACCUCCAAAUGAAGAGCACUUGUCACCACAGUCGUUUGCUAUGAAAGGAACACGGAUGCUUAAAGAAAUUUUAAAAAUUGAUGGCCCCAACACCAUGGACAGUAAGAAUGACAUGAACCAAUUCAGUAAUGAGGUUACUGUUUCUGCUAAUAGAAGAGAUGAAUAUGGACUGUCAUCACAACAUAAACCAAAGAAGAAAUUAGCAUCUUAUAUGAACAAUCCUCACAGUACUAAUGAAUACCAAAAUGUUCCAUCUGUGGAUAGCAUGUGUUGGCCUGGCCAGAUCCCUCCUGUGUCCACACCAGUAACUGAACUUUCUCGAAUUUGUUCCCUUGUCGGAAUGCCACAACCAGAUUUCUCCUUUCUGAGAACACCACAGACAAUGACCAUUUGCCAGGUGAAGUUGUCUAAUGGCUUACUGGUGCAUGGGCCGCAGUGCCACUCUGAAAAUGAAGCCAAGGAGAAAGCUGCACUUUUUGCUUUACAACAAUUGGGCUCCUUAGGGAUGAAUUUUCCUUUGCCUCCUCCAGUAUUUCCAAAUUAUCCUCCUGCUGUACCACCUGUUCCUCCAGUUUUUCCCCAACCUAAUGCUAAUAUAAUGCCUUCGUCGUCUCAUCUCUUUGGCUUAGUGCCAUGGAGACCACCAGUGCCAGUUCCUGGGAAGUCCUUCCACCAUCCUUCAUAUCCUGGAACCAUGCCUAUGACUGCAGGAGUACCAGGUGGGGUGCACAAUCAGUUCAUACCUUUGCAGGUUACAAAGAAAAGGGUUGCAAACAAAAAGAAUUUUGAGAGUAAAGAAGCCCAGAGUUCCUCUCAAGCCACACCACUUCAGACUAGCAAGCCAGGAUCUUCUGAAGCCACCAAAAUGAUUCCACAGAAAAGUACACCAGCCUCUCCAAAGUCCUCUCAGGUUGCUCAGCCUGUGUCUCCUCAAGUUGAAACUGCCUCCCAAGGCCACAGUGCAUCUCACCAGAAGUCAGCACCGAGUUCUUCCUCAAGAAGAAAAUCAAGGAAACUGGCUGUCAAUUUUAGUGUUUCUAAACCUUCUGAAUAAAUUUGGUACCUUGGAAUUCAUUUAUUUUAUUUCCAUCUACCUUUUUAUAAAUUGGUAUCUAUGUGUCAGAAGUGUACUAUUUUAGAAUAUGUUCGAAUUGAAUAUUUUUUAUUUUUAUCAGGCACUUUUCAUGCUAUUUAAGACUAUAUCAAAUUGUGCACUUUAAAUGUGUGCGAUCUGUUGUAUAUCAAUGAUACCUCAAUAAAGCUGUAAAAAAAAAAUGCCUAAAUUAAGUCUUGUAUUAGAUUACAUAGGCAUGGUGAUUCAUGCCUAUAAUCCCAGCACUCGAAAAGCUGAGCCAGGAAGAUUGCCACAAGUUCAAGGCCAGCCGGGGCUUCCUAGUGAAUCCCAGGCUCUGCUUCAGAAACCAAAACAAUCGAAUAAUUGUCGUGGGCUAAACGUUAAAAUACACCACUCCACUCACUGGCUUCCCCUUGGAGGCAUUCUUGAACAAUGACUUAGACAUCAUAUUAGUGAUAGUAAUAAGCUUUUUUUACACUGUUAUUGAGGAAUAAUUAAAUGCAGCAUGAAAAUUAGGCCUCAAAUAUAAUUUCCUAAAUGUGGAUUUAUUUCUCUUUUUAAUAAUGUAGCAAAAUGCUGAGGAGAGUGUCUCUUACCCUGUGUAUCAUUAUUACUCUGCUGUCCUCAGACCCACUAUGUGUUAUUAUUCUGCUGUCCUCAGACCCACUAUGUGUUAUUACCCUGCUGUCCUCAGACCCACUGUGAAGCAAUCAUACUGGUGCUGCUUCUGCCAAUUCUGCUUUAUUCUAAAUUCUGUACCAAAGCAACUUUACAAUACUGUUCACAAGAUUUCAUCUAACUGCUUAGUACUAUAAAUAGCAACUAGGUUUGAAUGAUUAUGAAUUUGGGGUUAUUCAAGAACCAGCAUUAAUAAUUUCUAAUAAAAUUAAGCUUCAAAAUCUACAGGGUACAGUAAUUACAAAUUAGCCUUUUAAUAAAGUACAAAAUAUGAAUCACUUUAUUUAAAUUGUGGGGGGGUUUGUAGACUUUUGUUUAUGUGUUUUUGUUCUUUUGAGACAGGGUCUCAUUAUAUAGCCCUGGUUGGCCUGGUACUUGCUGUGUAGCCCAGGCUGACCUGAUACUCAUGGCAGUCCUCCAAAGUCCUGGGAUUACAGGCGUGUAUCACCACACCCAGCUGGUAUGGCUUUUUGCCUGCUUGCUUAAUGUAUAUGAAAGCUCAUUGUUGUCCUCCAUAUAUAAUGCUUCCUGGGACUGAUAACAUUUUGAACUUUUUUAAAAUUCUAAGAUGUGUGUUUGUGAUGUACAUUAUCUACCACCUGUCCCAUUCUAGUUGUGUAUUUUAGCAUUUGCUGAACUCGGUAAUACCACACUUUAUGUCUUUGCAUGUCAAGCGUGGAUGUGUGUUGUUCAAGCUGUUGAAAUGAUUUAGAAUUUAUGAAAAUGUCUCAGUGACAUCAGAGCCUGCAUUUAUAUAUAAACAUGUAUUUAUCUUUUAGUUUUGUGAUAUGCUUCUAUUUUUAAGGAGGAAAGUUAUACUUUUUUAAAAGUAGGAACCACAAUCUUUGUAUGGAGCUGCUUGUUACUAUAUCUGAUUUCAUUGGCUCAGUGAAAACUGCCAAAAGGCUUAAAGUAGUUUGAUUUGUUUUUAAAAUACUGGUAUUAAACUAAAUGAAUUCCUUUCUCUAA